AUAUCACACAGCGGUGUCAUAACCUCACAAAGGCGUGUUUAGGCAUAUUCGCAGAAAAUACUUAUUUUCCUGAAGGAUCUGGGAUUUCCCGUGUGCGAGUGAGAUGCGGCAUGUUAAGUUCAUCGCUCGCACUAUAAUGGUGCAAAAUAACAACGUGGACGACGCUUGCAGAGUGCUGAAUAGGAUUAUGGGUAAAGAGGGCUUCUUUGAUCAGUACCGGAGGACACGCUACUAUGAGAAACCUUUCCAAACACGACGCCGGGUGAACUUCGAGAAAUGUAAAUCCAUCUACAAUGAAGACAUGGACAGGAAGAUCCAGUUUGUUCUCCGGAAGAACCGAACAGAACCUUUUCCGGGCUGCACAUAGAGAUGUCGUUGCGAUUUAUUGUUAAUUCAGUGCUUAAUACAUUUGUCAAAUUAGUUCGCAAAAUUACAAAUUGUUCAGGUCUUGCUCUAUUUCGAUGCACUCCUUGAUCAU